GUGAUUUUCCUGAAUAUACCAAUAGGUGUCCUUAAUUGCGCCUGUGCGAAAUCAAACGUUGCUGGCGUGUAGAGGUCGCACGGAUUGAGCUUUCUCUUUGAUUUCAAAGCCGAAUUGUUUGGACUGAAGGAGCUGAUGUGUGAAGCUUGCAGGACUGACACCACCCGGCGUGGUCUUCUGCUGCUGUAACCCGUCUGCUUCAAGAUGAGUGUGGAAGUGGAAAGGAAAUUUUUAUGCAAUGCCGACACCCUGAAAAAACUGAAGGAGAUCGGGGCAGUUUGCGUUGGCCAACGGCAGAUUCACGACCAGUAUUUCGACACUCCUGAGUUUCACCUGACUUUGAGGGACAUGUGGCUGCGUAAACGUAAGGGAUGCUGGGAGCUCAAGUGCCCAACAGCAGAAUCGCAGAGCGGGAAGCAGGGUGAAGCAGCAGCAGCACUGUGCACCCGUUACAAGGAGAUAACCAGCCUGCCUGAAAUUCACCUGAGAGUCAAAGAGGUCAUAAAAGAGGACAGAGAGUCAGAGGCAGGCUUCUCACAGGAAGAUGAGUCGUGGGUGAGCAAACUGAACCUGGUGUGCUUUGCAGAGUUUACAACAGCACGGCGCUCGUUCACUUUAAAGGAGGAGGGCGUGCAGGUCGAUCUGGACCAGGCUGACUUUGGCUAUCAUGUGGGGGAGAUAGAAGUCCUUGUACCAGAGGGAGGAGAUGAGCAGGCUGCGCUGGAGAAGAUCAGAAAAACGGCGGAAAAGCUGGGGCUUACUGGAGAUCAGCGAGUUAAAGGAAAAAUGGAUGUUUACCUCAAAAGAAAUCACCCUGAGCACUAUGCAAAACUGCUGAGUGAACACAUCCUCUAAGAGAUCAUACUGCAUCUGUACAAAUAUGGGAACAAAAAAAAGGUCUUAUUUACUGUAAAAGCUAAUAUUCUGUAAUAAAGUAUAGAUUUAUAAACUCAAUAGACUCUAAACUGUAAAGCCUACUGGAUGGUCCAUGGCUGCUGUCAUUGCUAUGUGAACUUUUUGUAUGCGAGGUUAUGUUUUAGGGGCUUUUGGGAGGGGUUUGGCCAUACAAUCAGAGUUUAUAUUAAUUUAUCGCUAAUGAUGACAAUGUUUUCUUACUGAGAGUAAAGAUGUGUACUCACAAAGAGGCUCAAAGAGGAAGAACUGGUUUGUGACAUGUGGCAGAGGAUCUUCUGAUUGCUCGGCACACGUUUUUAGAGUGAUGAAACGUCCCAUUGUCUUUUCACAGAAACUUUCUUCACGGUGUUUAAAUUUGAAUGUCUCAAUAAAAACAUUUGCACUUGAA